AUGCCAAUAUUUCAAAACUCUCAUAGAACGAUAAGUCAACCACAACGAAGGGUAACGAGAAUCCCCAAAUUCAUAUCAAGAAUGAGGGUGACACGCGGAAACGAAAGAAGGGCGGUAGCAUGCGUUCUUCUAGCUGUCGUGGCUGUGGUAGCCGCAGCCUCGUACGACCGUGAGAGGCUUGAGAUCGCCAAGCAGAUUUUAGAAGAGGUUCCGCUUACUGAUGGGCAUAAUGACCUGCCCUGGAACAUUCGCAAGUUCUUGCGAAAUCAGAUCAACGAGUUUGAAUUGGACACUGACUUGACUCAAGUGGAACCUUGGUCUAUCUCCAAGUAUUCUCACACAGACUUACCUCGUUUGAGGCAGGGAAUGGUUGGGGCACAGAGGAGAAAAUCAGGCAUGGUUAAUGUAAAACGGUUACGGGCUUACGCCUUUGUUAUGCCAGAGCGAUGUGUGUGCAAAUUUUUAUACACGCUCGAUAUAACAUCAGAAAAUUUAAACUAA